UCCUCCUAUAAUAUUCUUAUCAAAUCAGGCAUCGCAAAAAUAACAGACUUUGGAUUAUCUAAUGUGAUAAAUCAGAUGCUGUCCAUAUCAAGUGAUGGAGAUUAUUUGGCAUACAUAGAUCCGAAAUCUUUUAAGGAUAAGUCAUACAGGCUUGGAAUGAAAGCAGACAUCUUUAGUCUGGGAGUAAUACUCUGGGAAAUAUCUAGUGGGAGAAACCCUUGUGAAGGACGAACUGAGACUCAAGACAUUGUUGUUUAUAGAUUAAACGGUUUCCGUGAUCCUCCUUUUCCUGGAACGCCCGAAGAAUAUGCCAUGCUGUAUUCAGAAUGUUGGAAUGAAGACUCUAGCAUACGACCAACUUGUGAAGAGGUCUACAAAAGAUUAAGAUAUUACAAUGAAUUGAACAAUCUCAGCAGGCUUUUGGAUAUUAAACAAAAUGGUACGACUAGAUUGAAGUUGCAGAAAGAUCUCUAUAAUAAGCUUGUGCUUGGUCAGUUUGACAACAUAAUUACUGAAUUCAAUGAAUCAAUAACUAAAAGUGGAGAAAUAUGUCAUGUGCUUCAUGACAAUAAUGAUUACAGUGCCUUUUCUAACACUGAUAUUUCAUUGGAGA